CCAUCUCCUUACAAUUCCCAACCACCAACCACAACCACCACUCACCAUUUCUUCUUCCUCGCUUCAUCUCUUUAUAUUCAGUCCUACUACUUGCAAGAUCGCCUUACACAGCUUAUCUUCUACAGGAGAGUCGCGAGCGAGAUACUUCUUUGAAGUCUUGGCUCUUUCUCCACUUCUCUUACUUGAUCUUACGAGUGAUUCUGGUCUUUUGGGUUUUCUGUCUUACUUUCAUGAUCUAUUUCGGUUUCGAUUGAAGUAAUUGCUAGCAGCAGCAGUAGCAGCAGGAGAGAGAGAGAGAGAGAGAGAAUCAGGUGUUGGGUUUGCUCUAUAUGCACUUGAUCAGAAUUGUUGCAGAGGGAAAGGAAAGCAAAGGGGGGUAAUACCCAGUGUUUGCAGAGUUGUAGACAUCACGGCUAUAUAUAGAGUUAUCCGGCCUCUCAUUCAUGUCCGAGCAGUACGACGUAAGGGUUGUGUAGUCGAAACUAGCAAUCCUUCGCCGCACGGUGGACGUGGUGCUCUGCCUUCCGAAGGCGGGAGCCCUUCCGAUCUCCUCUUCCUCGCCGGUGGCGGCCGUCGUUCAUUCACUUCCUCCUUCUAAUUGUAGACUUUACUAACUAAGCGUAUAGGAAAAAGAUUGAACUAGGGGAUUAGUCAUGAUGUUGAAGAUCAAAAGAGUUCCUCCCCCGCUUUCUAACUACCAGAAGGAUGAGGCGGAGGGGUCUGGUUGUGGUCGGAAUUGUCUGGGCAAGUGUUGCAUUCGAGGCGCGAAGCUCCCGCUGUACACUUUCAAGGCCACGGACAAGAUAAUUCAUGAGAAGGAUAUGAUCGGGGAUGAAAAGAGAGAGCCGCCGGUGCCUUUUCUUGAUUCCCUUCUUCUUGGAGAGUGGGAGGAUCGCAUGCAGAGAGGGCUCUUCCGCUACGACGUCACUGCCUGUGAAACCAAGGUGAUACCUGGUGAGUACGGCUUCAUCGCUCAGUUGAACGAAGGCCGCCAUCUUAAGAAGAGACCCACCGAGUUCCAAGUUGAUAAGGUUCUCCAGCCUUUUGAUGGGAAGAAAUUCAAUUUCACAAAAGUUGGGCAGGAGGAAGUGCUCUUCCAGUUUGAACAGAGUGAGGAGGAUGAAGCUAACUUCUGCCCACAUGCUCCCAUUGAUAUUGAUCACUCCCCUAGCGUUGUUGUCAUCAAUGUGAGCCCCAUUGAAUACGGACAUGUCCUUUUAAUCCCUCGAAUUCUCGAGUGUAUGCCGCAAAGGAUUGAUCGUGAGAGCUUCUUGCUUGCUCUCCACAUGGCAGCAGAAGCAGAGAAUCCAUAUUUCCGGCUGGGUUACAACAGCUUGGGUGCCUUUGCUACCGUUAAUCAUCUUCAUUUCCAGGCUUAUUAUUUUGCUAUGCCGUUUCCGAUUGAAAAGGCACCCAGCCGAAAAAUAACCACUUUCCAUGGUGGUGUGAAGAUCUCUGAGCUGUUAAAUUAUCCAGUGAGAGGUCUCGUCUUUGAGGGUGGCAAUACUCUGCCAGACUUGUCUAAUGCCGUCUCUGGUUGCUGCAUUUGCCUUCAAGACAACAACAUUCCCUACAACGUCCUUAUCUCUGAUUCUGGCAGAAGAAUCUUUCUUUUUCCACAGUGUUACGCUGAGAAACAGGCUCUUGGGGAAGUGAACACAGAGCUUCUGGACACCCAAGUGAACCCGGCGGUGUGGGAAAUUAGUGGGCACAUGGUGUUAAAGAGGAGGCAAGACUAUGAGGAGGCUUCUGAAGAAAGUGCUUGGAGGCUCCUCGCAGAGGUAUCCCUCUCCGAAGAAAGGUUCCAAGAAGUCAAAGAUCUCAUCUUUGAAACAAUUGCUGGCAUAGAUUUUGGAAAUGGAAAUUUGGACCUGAAGAUGGCUGAUAAAGACGAUGAUGGCUCACAGCGUUCCAAUGAAAUAGAUGCCAUGAAGAAAGGAACAUAUCCUAGAAUGGUUCCUGGGGAGCAGGAAUGUGUGGUUCAGCAGUAGUGAGUUGUAUCAUUAUAUUUGAACAUCACUGCUUGAGUUAGCCUGGUAUUUGCAGUAGUUAAGGUGUAUGUUAUCUUGUAUAUUGUUUGUUUAGUAACCUAAAGAAAGCGAACUGGGUUUGCUUCUACUAUGCUCAGUGUGACUAGCCUAGGCUCAUGGGUUUCAUGCUUGUGAGUUAAUACUAUUGUGUAUUUUCUCAGAUAAUGAUACAAGAGUGAGGCUUUGGUGUGUU